AUGACAUCCGAAAACAAAGGCACCAAUCUCAUGGCGACGUACACGUCUCCCGAUAACGAGCACUUCACGAUUACCAAGAACAUCCCUGCCCCGCCGUCAAGUUCUGUCCGAGACAAGACCCAAUACCUCGAGGCUUUGCGCAAAACCGUCGCCGAAACCCAAGACCAAGUCAAUAAGGAAUUGACAGCACGGAUGGAAGAAGACAAGGCUCGUGAAACUCCAGCUGGGGGCAGUGCUGCUGCCAAGCUGGGCGCUGAUGAGGACAAGGAGGAAGAAAACUAUGGCGAGGAGGUUCAAGAAGAAGAGGAUUGA